AUGACUGCGCUUCAGACUUUUGACUACUUCUUUGACCUUCCGGGAGAGCUGCGUGAACAGAUCCUCAGCUACCUCCUCGUCAGAAGCCAUGGCGUCGGGCUCGGCUCAAUGCCUGGCAUAGUCCCCUCUAAAGCAGAUGACAUAGAGACUGGUGACUUCUACGACUGUCCCAAGCAGAAUGGGGCACCUGCGUAUCCGUUGAACUACUUCCUUGUCAGCCAGACCUUCCACGACGAGGCCACGUCAGUUUACUUCCGCGAGAAUUCCUUCCACAUCGUCGCCACCGGGCGAAAGUACCUGCCGACACAGAGUGGUCUGGUUCGUGUACCAGAUCAAGUCCUCGAAGAGCGAACCAGGAGGGCCUUCCUCCCAUCCCCAGGUGAGGCUCUGCUCAACAGGCCCGACUGGGCCCACGUGCGACAGCGGAUCCGGAAGGUCGUGCUGUACCUUCAGCGGCCGCGCGGGUUCCUCGAGAAAGAAAUCUUUGAGCCGCUCCUGGAUAUGAUCCUCGCGGGUGGACUCAAGUCUCUUGACGUCAGGAUCUGCUGGUUCGGCUCGCGGGGGCAGAAGCUGCUCUCGUGCCCUCCUCUGAAGUCGCUGUAUCGUGUGCUGGGCGAUCCGGACCUGGAUGACGUGAGGCUGCGAGUGGCUGCGAGAGCACACGAGCAAGUGUGGUGUCCCUUCCAUGACGGGGGUGGUGAUGGGUAUAAGCGUUGCAGAGCGGAGAAGGUCGAGAAGCAUGGCAAGAUUGGCGGUCUGACCUUCUGA